CUAUCCAGACGCAUCCGUACCGAACACGCACCGAUCCUCUCCCCCUUUCCGCCGGCCGUCACUCUCCCUGUUCUUCGCCACUCCACCAGCCCGCCUACCAGCCCGCCGCCCGCACGCACGGCACGAGCUCGCCGCGAUGUCAUGGCUCGCGCGCUCCAUCGCGGCCACCCUCUCCUCCGCCCACUCCGACGACGAAUCUGACUCCGAGUCCACCUCCGACGACAAGAACCCGCUGCACCCGCGCUUGUCCGACCACGCCAGCGCUGACGCCGGAGACCCCGACGAGCAGCCGGACACCCCGAGCCGCGGCGUGAAGGGCGACAUCUCGGAGCUGACCGAGUCCCUCACCCGCCGCUUCUGGGGCGUCGCCUCUUUCCUUGCGCCGCCGCCCGAGGUCGAGGAGGAGGAGGAGUCGGCGGCGGCGGCUGAUGCAGAGGCGGCGGAGCAGGAGGGAGCUCAAUCGCCGCGGAUCGCCGGGAUCCGGAGCGACCUGGCGGAGAUCGGGGGCAGGGUGAGGAGCGGCAUCUCGAUGCUGUCGAACGCCAACGCCGUGACGGAGAUAUCCAGGAUUGCGUCGUCGUUCAUUCCGUUCGGCCCCGGGGAGGAGGAGGAGGGGAAGGGCGAGGCGGUCGGUGUGACCGAGGAUGUGGUGGUGUUCGUGAGACACAUCUCGGAGCAUCCCAAGACAUGGCUCGAUUUCCCCUUGUACGUUGACGACCGGCACGCGAAUGAUUUUGAACUGUCAGACGCACAAUAUGCACAUGCAGUGGCUAUAGAGCACCUUGUGCCAGGACUGUCAUAUCUCAGGACUGAGCUCUGCUCAACCAAUAUGAGUGAAGCAUGCUUUUGGAAGAUCUAUUUUGUGCUUCUCCAUUCAAAACUCAACAUGCAAGACGCUGAACUUCUUUCAACACCACAAAUCCUGGAAGCAAGAGAAGAAUUACUGCAAAGUUCACCGACAAAGAACAAGCUAUCAUCUGAGGGGUGCAAGGAUGGUGGGCCGUCAUCAGAAAACAGGAAUGUUCCCUCUACCCAACCUGAAGAUAGAGAAUUGUCACCCUCAAGGACCCAAAACAAGAGUGGGAUAUUUGAAGCUCCAUCAUCCCAAGAACCAACUUCUAAUCCUAUGACGGACGUUAAGGCUUACAAGCAUCCUAUUUCAACCACUGAGGCGGAAAUAAUUGACAAGUCUGUUAUUCAAGAAGAGUUGGUGGUGAAAAAUGAGAUGAAGAGUGUACCCACCGAGAAGUCUAACCUGCACACUGCGGAUGAUGAUGACAAAGAAGUGGACGACUGGCUUCAGGAUAUGGCCUCUGUGCCCAGAAAAACUGGCAACACCACUUCGGUGGGGGAGGAGGAAGAUGUAUCCUUCAGUGAUCUGGAGGAUGAUUAAAUGAAGGCCAUUAUGCAAGCCCAUUAUCAGCUAGCUAGACGGUAAGCUCGGAUCGAAGAACACUCACUGCUAACGGAUCAGUAUGGCGCCUCAAUGCUAGAUGGUGGCUUCAUGAAGAACAUUGCUGCCAAAAGAUCGUCACUUUGUCUCUGUGCCACUUCACUGCCUGGUUAUGGAUAUGCAGUAGCGAAAUCACGAUAACAAUGCCACGGAGUCUUGCGUUCGUCCUAGUCGCAAGUUGAUGUAUCUGCACUGUCGACCGUUCUCUGUACAUAGAAUUCUACAUGUGGUCCUACACUUGUCCGUAUCACUGCCCCUUCGAACUGCUGGUGAUACGCGAUUCUGAAUGUAAUAUAAUCGUAUCAUUGUCAGAUAUCGUGUAACAUGUAGAUAUCUCGAGAACUCUUCCUUAUUGAGAAACAGGUUGCCUAUAAUCUCAAGAACGAAAUCUGCAUGUUAAGCUUGUGAGCUGUCGAAAACCCUGGAUAUUGUAAC